UAAUCGCCAUUAUAACCAACACCAACCGACAGGCCACUGCAUUCCUGAACAGUGCAAGCAUUACUUUACCUUUCACUGAUCACUCCAAUAAUGUUGCUCGCUUUUAUGGGUACCUACCAGCCCAAUUUCCACUGAAUCGCAUUCCCAUUUCAGCCAAAAUCGACUCUCCUUGCGCAUCCAUGCGGCCAUUCCCCACAGCUCGGUCCUAAUCCAUUGUUGUGCAGAAGCACAAGCAGCAGCAAGGGCUCGAGGAGCUAGCAAAGGUUCCUGCGGAUCUGGCUCGGUGAGUUGGGAUCUGAGAUCCGGCCAUGUCGACUUAGGAUCUCGUGUUGUCGUUCUUGGGGGAAUUGAACUCCCACGGAGUAUUCAACUAGACAUUCAAGUAGCAACUAGAGUACAUCAGAAUCACUCUGUAAUUUGUAUUCCACGAAGCAAGCAGAGGAGGAAGCUCGCCAUCGCCAUGGAGCUGGCGACGGGGGCCAUGAGCUCCCUGCUCCCCAAGCUAGCCGAGCUCCUCCAGAAGGAGUACAACCUGCAGACGGGCUUGAAGACAGACGUCCAGUCUCUGUCGAGGGAGCUGGAGAGCAUCGAGGUUGCUCUUGCCAAGGUGGCUGAGGUGCCGCUGGACCAGCUAGACAAGCAAGUCCGGCUUUGGGCUCGCAAUGUCAAGCAGCUGUCGUAUGAGAUGGAGGAUAUCGUCGACAGCUUCAUGGUGCGCGUCGAGGGCUCCAAGCCAGACGCGGAUCUGAAGAACUCCAAGAGAUUCAGAAAAAAGAUCGCCAACUUCUUCAAGAAAGGCAAGACCCGUCGUCAGAUUGCCGACAAGAUCCAAGACAUCAAGGUCCGAGUCAAGGAGGUAGCUGACUUGCGUGACAGAUACAAGGUCGACGAUGUUCGUGCUAAUCCAGCUACCACGAACACCGUUGAUCCUCGUAUCAUGGCUCUGUUCAAGGAUCAGAAAGAGCUUGUGGGCAUUGAGGAGCCAAGGAAUGAGGUAAUCAAGAGGCUGAUGAUGGAAGGGGAUGAUGACGGUUUGUUGAACUCCAGGAUGCAGCUCAAGAUACUCUCCAUCUUUGGAUUUGGAGGACUUGGCAAGACAACUCUUGCCAAAGCAGUCUAUGAUAUGCAACAAUCAAAUUUUGUUUGCAAGGCUUUUGUUUCAGUGGGUCAGAAUCCUAGUCUGAAGAAAGUUUUCAUGGAUAUUCUCCUCCAAGUUGAUGAGGCAGAGUCUAGUUCAAAUGCAUCCAUGUUGAACGAGGAGCAACUCAUCAGAAAGCUCCGAAGAUUUCUUGAGAACAAGAGGUACCUCAUCGUCAUUGAUGAUAUAUGGGACAAGAUUCCAUGGGAUAUAAUGAAAUGUGCACUGGUUGAUAGUAACUGUGGAAGUAGAAUAAUCACAACCACUCGUAUUUUGGAAGUUGCCGAAGAGGCGGACGAUGUUUACAAGCAAAAGCCACUUUCUUCCGCCACAUCCAAGGAAUUAUUCUAUACAAGAUUAUCUAUUGGUAAAUGCAACAUUACUUCAGGUCAACCGAUUGAGAUAUCUGACAAGAUUUUACAGAAAUGCGGUGGUGUGCCGUUAGCUAUCAUCACAAUAGCUAGUCUGUUGGCCAGUAAACCAUGGGAGGAUUGGUCUGAGGUGUAUGACUCUAUUGGUUUUCGAGAUGGAGCUAACAUACACGUCGAGAACACAAGAAAGAUAUUGCUAUAUAGCUACUAUGACCUGCCUUGUUAUCUAAGGGCAUGUUUGUUGCACCUCAGCAUAUAUCCUGAAGAUCAUGAGAUUCGGAAGGACACUUUGAUAUGGAAGUGGGUGGCGGAAGGUUUUGUCCAUGAGAAACCAGGGAUGGGGUUAUUUGAGCAGGGAGAGAGGUAUUUUAAUGAACUUAUUAACAGAAGUCUGAUCCAGCCGGUGGAGGAGCCAUAUAAGAGCAUCAUAUAUGCUUGCCGUGUGCAUGAUCUGGUGCUCGAUAUGAUCUGUCGCUUGUCAAAGGAAGAAAAUUUUGUUACUAUCCAUGGAAGUAGUAACACAGAACACCAACCUUCACAAAGCAAUGUCCGUAGGUUAGCUCUUCAAAACAUAGCCAUGGACGAAGAGCCUAAUUCAGAUAACACAGAGAUACGGCAAGUGAGGUCAUUCAAUGCCAUCAUGUGUGAUGUCAAGAGAAGAUCAUUUCUUUCAAGCUUCCAAGGCUUGAGAAUUCUUUCUAUGGAAAGAUGUACUUUUAUAAAUGAUGGUUCUUGUCACCUUGAGAAUCUUGGAAGGCUGCUUCAGCUGAGGUACCUUGGGCUCUUGGAAACACGUAUUACGGAACUCCCAGAAGAAAUAGGCAACCUGAGGUUUUUGGAGGUACUGGACUUGAGGGACACUAAAAUAAAAGAGCUGCCAGAGAGUGUAGGUCAGUUGAGGCGGCUAAAGUGCCUGCGUCUUUCUCGUGGUUUCAAAGGAGCACUGGGCUGGAUCGGUAACCUAGUGUUGCUAGAAGAGUUAUUUUUGCCCUAUUUUUCCUUGGAGAUUGUAAAAGAACUGGCCAAGCUCACAGAGUUGAGAGAGUACGGUGAUUGUUUUGAAGUGUCCGAUGACGCCUUAGUUGAUAUUAGUAUACUGUUCAAUAAUAUGAUGGAAUCUCUAGAACAUCUGCAGAAGCUCCAAACCAUACAAGUUAUAUUCUCGUGGCGGCGUGUUGUCCAAGCCAAUUGCGUAAGCUACGUGCUCUGUCGGCACCUCCGUCGUCUGGAGCUGCAAGUCGUAUUUGAAAAGCUGCCGGUGUGGAUCAAUUCGUCAAGCCUGCCGAACCUCUCUCACUUGACGUUUGCAUCGAACGCCGUGGAGGCGCAGGAUAUGGAGGUCCUCGGGAGGUUCCCAGAGCUCAUUUACCUCAGCCUGCAUACUGAUCCUGACGUCAUCAUUCCUGACAUCAUGGGCGGCGGUGCAUUCCCCAAGCUAAGAUACUACCUCACGAAUGCAUCUGCCAGGUUCCUGCAGGGAGCCAUGCCCAGCCUUGAACGUGUUCAAUAUUUCAUCCGCGGCGAGUGCAGUGGCGCCAAGUUUGAGCGUGACAUUGCCAGCAUCGGGAACCUCCCUUGUCUUGACAGAGUCCAAGUAUUCUUUUACGGGUGUGAGCGUGUCACGCGGGAGAAGGGAGAGGCCGCGUUGAGGCAGGCAGUCGAGGUCCAUCCCAACAAUAUCACGGUUCAGCUGAUCUAGCUUGUUGCCAGCGAAGCGUCCGAUUCCAAUGAGAAGCACCAAGAAGUAGGCUGAUCAUAUCUGUACUCAACUAGAAGUAUGCUCUAAUUAAUUCGAUCGCAUUGACGUGCUGAUCGAUAUUAGUUGCUACAGUACUAGAUAAAACACUUUUUAAGUAUGCAGAUGAAAAUACCUUAUGACUUUCUAUCUUUCAGCAGCCGUGCUUUUAGAUUAAGUUCAUCCAAUCACGCAGCGCACUGUAUAUAACGCUCUGUAUAUAUACAUGCAUUUGAAAGAACAAGUACUGCGCACAUCUCCAUAUGCACGUACUGAUCAAUCUGUCAUCCCACCCAUCUCUGUAUACUCAUCCUUGUAAACUGUGGUUUCAGAUAUGCUAGCUCCUACCUUUGGAAUACUUGUAAAUAUUAUGUUUACAUUUUCGCAAUUAGAAAUUAUUUUUGAUCCUGUCA